AUGAGCUGGGAAAAUGUGGGCGCUGCAAUCCUCGGGUACAUCAAGCUGCUACCGUUCCGAGAUGGACUGGGAUUCGCGCUAGGGCUUGCAGAGAUUUUAUCGGACAAUCCCGCAGCUCGUACCGCAGUGACAACAUUUUUGAUUGAGCAAGCGUCAGCAUCCAGUUCGUCGCUUAAAGCGCUCGCGUUGUGCGAUGAUGUCGGACUGCUCUGGAAACUUGCCGUAUCUUCUAGCAAUCAUCAGUUGUUUUACGACGUGGAAAAACUACUCAAAGGAUUGAACGGAGUAGCUCUCGACCACAUUGUCAAGAUGCUUGCUAAGUGUACAGAUGGGACUACUUUUCCGGAGCCCUACACAACUCUAGUUUGGCUCGCUACAAGACGUUGCGAAUGGGUGACGAAUGAAGUAGCUGAAAUCGAGAAGCCAUUCACAUGGGAAUUCCGUGACGCCAAUUUCCCUGGUGCUGUCGAGCUUGCUAAAUUCCUCGAUAGCCCAGGCCGCUGUUACCGGAUUGAUGGGUUUAAGGGAAUCGCAGAAGCUCGAGCUCGGGUCGAAACCCUCCUCAAAACGGUGAAAGCACCCCUUACGAUUACAGCAAGCGGAAGAGGGCAAGAUGCACAUGUUGGAGUAACGAAAAAUGGCGGCGAGUAUGAUUUCAGGAAGGAAAACUUGUCUUCAUACCAAGAAGAGAUCGAUAUGCUGAGGAAACUUGUGGUCUCGAGUAAGGAAAAGGCAACAGUGUCAAAAAUGCAGAAUGGCCUCACAGUAGAAAAAAAAGGGAUGAAGUCGCUGUAA